UUGAUAACUGUCCAACAUGGGUGAAUCUAACAACAACAGUCUCCAAAUGACACGUCUGGUUGGCCAAGACCUGACAGGGAACUCAGACUCUUUUUUGGACAUUAAUGAUAUGGACUACGGUAUUCCCAUGGAAGAGAUACCUGACACGACUAAAGGUCAAGCCUUUUUUGUUGCCACCAUUGUUAUUGCUGCAGUUCUAGUUUGUAUCAUUUUGGUGUGCGGUAUUGGCAACUGUCUUUUUAUUGCCAAUUUGGCGCGCUACAAAAAACUGCGUAAUCUCACCAACCUGCUCAUUGCCAAUUUGGCAAUAUCGGAUAUGCUGGUGGCGGUAGUUUUCUGCCCGUUUCUGUUGGAUUACUACGUGGUGAAGCAGCUUUCUUGGGACCAUGGGUACGUGCUCUGCGCCUCCACCAACUAUUUACGCACGGUGUCUCUGUAUGUGUCUACCAACGCGCUGCUGGCCAUAGCUGUUGACAGGUACAUGGCUAUAGUACACCCUUUAAGGCCCCGCAUGAAACACCAUACAGCCUACUGUCUGAUCUUGGUAGUGUGGGUAGUCCCAAUCAUCAUCUCUAUACCCUCUGCCUACUUCACCUCGGAGAUGACGUACCCCAGCAGCCGAAACCACAAGAUAUUCUGCGCACAGAUCUGGCCCGUGGACCAGCAGUUCUACUAUCGCUGCUACUUCCUUUUCAUCUUCGUCCUUGAGUUUGCCGGGCCAUUGGCGGUCAUGGCCACGUGUUACGUCCAGAUCUCCCGGGUGCUCUGGUUCGAGAGCUUGCCGGGUUUCCAGACGGAGCAGAUGCGCUUGAGGCUCCAGGGCCGUCGGAGGGCGGUGGUGGUAUUGAUCGUGGCCCUGGUGGCAUUCAUGGUUUGCUGGUCACCUUACUACGUCUUUGCCAUGCUUCGUGACUUCCACCCCACCUUCAUCUCCCGUAACAGGAACUCGCUGGUGGCCUUUUACAUCAUCGAGUGCAUUGCCAUGAGCAAUGGGAUCAUCAACACAUUGUGUUUUGUCAGCGUUCGGGACAAUGGUAAAGGCUUGAAGCAGGUGAAGCAGAAAUUGCACUUGAGGUUGUUGUCUCCUGUAGUGAACAAGGCUGUGGUAGAUGGGGAGAUGUACGCACAUCUUCCCUUCAUGAGACGCAGUUACAGGGAGAACAUGCCUGAGACAGAAAACGAAAAAGUAUGAAAUGUUUGCACUUAAUCUGAACAGGUUUGGACAGGCCAUCAGUCCAGUCUUUUUUCUUUGACCUUGCUGUACAGUCAAAUCAGUGAGAGUAUGUGGAAGCAAAAGGAGAGGAACAGGCCCUGCUUUGACUCACUUUCACAGUUCUCAAAAGCACAUUAAGGUUUGGUGGAGAUGUAACU